AUGAGCAAGGUAUUCGAUGCGGCCGAGGUCGCAAAACACAACUCCAAAGAUAGUUGCUGGGUUAUUCUGUACGGCAAAGUGUACGAUGUUACUGAUUUCCUCUCAGAGCACCCUGGUGGCUCUAAAAUAAUCCUCAAACUGUCGGGCAAGGAUGCCACUGAGGAAUAUGACCCCAUUCACCCUCCAGGAAUUCUUGAGGAGAACCUCAAGCCAGAGGCCUUUUUAGGGACAGUCGACCCUGCCACGCUCCCAAAACCAAAGGCCGACGCUACUCCAGCUCAGGAAGAGAAGCAGGAGGACGAGGUUCCAAUGGAGGCUCUUCUUAACAUGGAUGACGUCGAACAACUAGCUACCAAGAAAGUGAGCAAGAAGGCAUGGGCGUAUUACUACUCCGCAUCUGACGACAAAAUCACAAAACACUUCAACACACAGGUCUAUCGAUCAAUUGUUUUGCGGCCUCGUGUCUUCAUCGACUGCAACAAGUGUGACUUGGACAUCUCUGUUCUUGGACACAAGCUAGGAAUACCAAUCUACGUUUCUCCCGCGGCCAUGGCCCGCCUUGGUCAUCCCGCCGGUGAGGCUGGAAUUGCAGAAGCCUGCCGCAGCUUUGGUGCGAUGCAGAUCAUUUCCAACAACGCUUCAAUGACUCCAGAACAGAUAGUUGAGAAUGCUGCCCCAGACCAGAUUUUCGGGUGGCAGCUGUAUGUGCAAACAGAUCGCAAGAAGAGCGAGGUUCAGCUGGCGCGCAUCAAUAGGCUUAAAGCAAUCAAGUUUGUGGUCCUCACAUUGGACGCGCCAGUCCCUGGUAAGCGAGAGGAUGAUGAGCGUGGUAACGCUGCUUCCGGUGCUGGUCAAGGCGAAAGUGGCGUUGGAAAGCAGCUCUUCCAGGGCACAGAUGCCACACUCACCUGGCGGGAUACGCUGCCCUGGCUGGCUCAGCAUACCGAUCUGCCCAUUAUUCUAAAGGGUCUCCAAACGCACGAAGACGCAUACAUUGCGUCGCUUCAUGGGCCGCAGAUCAAGGGUAUCAUUCUUUCGAACCACGGUGGGCGUGCUCUCGAUACUGCUCCUCCAGCAGUCCAUACCCUGCUCGAAAUCCGGAAAUACUGUCCCGAGGUCUUUGAUAAGCUCGAGGUUUGGGUUGACGGUGGAAUCCGACGUGGAACUGAUAUUGUCAAGGCUCUUUGCCUUGGUGCAAAGGCCGUGGGUAUUGGACGGCCUGCAUUGUGGGGCCUGGGAGCUGGUGGUGUCGAUGGUGUCAAGCGCACACUGCAGAUUUUGGCCGAUGAGACAGCCACGAGCAUGCGAUUGCUCGGUGUUGAGCGUGUGGAGCAGCUGGGACUUCAGCAUGUCAAUACUCGCGUUGUAGAGCAGCAAAUCUACGACGGACCGUCAGGGCUGGAAUCUCUGAGAUCGCUAUACCGCGCACGGCUUUAG